ACGCCCCUUCGCCGGUUGCCUCCGUCGGCGUCGGAGUCCGUCGCCCCCGACGCCGACGCCUCGGCCUCCGCCUAUGCGCCUGACGCCGACGCCGACGCCGAUGCCCCUUCGCCAAGUCCAUGCAUCGCAGAAAAUGGUGAUGCCGACCCAACAUUACUUAUUCAGUUAUUUCCUUUUGCUGCUGCCGAAAAGGAGAGACAAGCUUUGGUGGAUGCACUUAGAGCUAGUGAAGCUGAAUGCGAUGCUAUUGAUGCGAAGAUGCAGGAGGUUUUGAAUGCACAGAUUUCUGCUGAGGAUGAGUGUGUUUCUCUGUUGGAGAAUUUCUCUAAGGAUGCAACUGCUAGUGCUGACCUGAUAGAGAAGAAGGCAAACUUACUGCGUGCUGAGGAAAUGGACAAAUGGCUUUCAUCAAGUGAAGAUUUGGAGGUGAGGAAGAUGGAACUUGAAAUCGAGUCAUAUCUGAUAAGUGAAGCUCGUAAAGGAGUGAAUGUUUCCAUCGAGCAUUCAAUUGAUGAUGACAGUAGAGAGAAAGAAAAACUUCUUAAGAAGAAGGAUGUGUUGUUGGAUGUGAAUUGGAGAAGCUGCUUAAUUUAGUGAGAGAGAAGGAGAAGCAAAUUGCUGAGAAUGAUGCUUCCAUUGAAGCAGUAGAGAAGCGCAUUGCUGGCGUGGUCUCUGGAUUUCAGGACAUGCAAUCAGAUAUUGGUGCUAAAUAUGAUAGAAUGAAAUCAAAGCUCUCUCAGGUUGAUGCCGAAAGUGAAGCUUUAUCUAUAAAAAGAAAGAUAUUGAUGACGUACUCUCUCAGGAAGAUAAUAAAGGAGCAAAGAUUAGGGAACUUGGGAAGAUUGCUGCAGAUGAAGCAAAAGCAUACAAUGAAGCAGCAGGAUUGAGAAAAGGUUUAAUGCUCUGCAUUUUGGAGUACAGAGAAAGUAAACUGGGGCUGAUGAAGACUGAGGAGAAAUUUUCUGAAGAUGUCAUGAGGCUCCAACAAGAAGCUUCCUCUGCAAGAGCUUCUUUACAGGAACUGUCUUCAAAUAAGUCCAGCCUCCAACAGGAGAUAGCUUCAUUUGAGCAGAGGAUACUUUAUGUGGACAAGAGACUUCCAGAACUAGAGACUGAGAAAAAGGUUGCUGCUGCUGCAAGAAAUUUCAAAGAAGCUACACGAAUAGCUGCUGAAGCAAAGUCGUUGAGCAAUGAGAAGGAAGGAACACAAAUCAAGCUUGAAAGAGCCACUAUGGAGCUUGGAAAGCUUGAAGAAGAAAUUAAAGAAACUGUUGAUAAAUUGCAGGAGGCUGAGGAGCAGAUCUUAUUAAGGGAGAGGGAUUUGGCAGUGGCU